AUGAUCUUCACUGUCCUCCAACUGCAAAAGAAAUGUCAGGAGAUACGGAGCUACAACAUUACAUUUGUGAAUCUGACGGUAGCCUUUGAUGCGGUUAAUCGAGAUGGGCUGUGGAAAAUCAUGCAUAAACUUGGAAGUCCUAAACGAUCCACGCACAUGGUGCGUGAGCUCCAUGAUGGCGUGAUGGUGUGCGUCACGGACAAGGGACAGUCUGAAAGACAUUCGCGGUGGAAUGGCGGCGUCUUCGACCUCACCCUUUUCAGUCUCAUGUUCUCUGCCUUGCUGACGGGAGCCUCCCGUAAUGAGCGUCCCGGAAUUCGCAUCGUUCACGGUACCGAGGGCCGACAUCUCAAUAAUCGGUGUAUGCAGGUCCCAACGCGUAUACCUACUACUGUCUACGAUCUGAACUUGGCUGACGACUUCGCACUCAACACCACGACAAAAGCUGACGUGUAA